UGAGCCUAGCUAGCUCGUAGACAGGUGGUGUGAUGGAGUCGGUGCGAGUGGUGGAGACGAGCGUGGUGGUGCCGAGCGAGGGGACGCCGAUGAGGCGGUUGUGGCUCUCCAGCCUCGACGUGGACACGGCCGCGAGGGGCUACGUCCCCGUGAUGUACCUGUACGGCGGCAAGCCCGACGUGCCCUCCGAGGACGUGGUGGAAAGGCUCAAGGCAGCGUUAGCCGACGCUCUGGUUCCCUUCUACCCAGUUGCUGGCCGUCUGGCUGCAGAUAGCAGCGGGCGGCCAGAGAUCGACUGCAAUGCUAAGGGCGUCCUCUUCACCGUGGCGCGCUCCGACGACCUCACAGCCGACUACGUUCGUGGUUUCGCAGCAUUGUCGGAGCUAAGGAAACUCUUCGUCCCUACCGUCGACGUUGAGUCGGGUGCCAUGUGGGCAGUUCAGUUGACAUUCCUCAAGUGUGGAGGUGUCGUCAUGGGGACGGCUUUACACCAUGUUCUCGGUGACGCUCCAAGCGCCGCCAACUUCAUACGGAAAUGGUGUAUGAUCGCAUGUGGAUCCAAGCUCGUCAACGACGAGGACGAUCGUCCCUGCCACGACCGAGGCCUCAUGUGCGCCCGCUCUCCACCAACCGUGGACAAGGAUUUACUAAACUCGGUGAUGUCUCCAAAGAUAUCGCUCAGCGCGGCGGCCAGGCCCGUCGUCUUCAAAGUCUUCCACGUCUCCGCCGACCAGGUCGCCGACCUCAAGCGCCUGUGCCAGCGGACUAGCACCUUCCGCGCCGUCACCGCGCACGUGUGGCGCUGCGCGGUCACCGCUCGGGGGCUGGUGCCGGGCAGCCGUGCGCGGAUCAGCUUCCUCGCCAGCCUCCGUCGCCACGUAAGGACGCGCCUUCCGCCAGGCUACUUCGGCAACACCAGCAUCAUGCUGAGCGCCACGGCAGCUGUGACAGAUAUCGUCUCCGGCACGCUCGCCUCCAUCUCCGACACCAUCGGCGCUCCAGUCCAACGCCUCAAUAAUGAAGUGGCGCACUCGGCGAUCGACUACCUGGAGCUGGAGCUCGCUCGUGCCGACAACGACGAGCCUCCGCCGCCCAAGGAGGGUAGCUUGCCGGACACCGACCUCAAGGUAGUCAGCUGGCUUGGCAUGCCAACGCGAGACGCCGAUUUUGGGUUGGGGAUGCCAGAGUUCACACGACCACCAGACGGUUCAACCCCGGGGUCGUACUUCUGGACAGCGCCGACAACGGCGACGGCGUUCUUGUGUCAGCUUACCUGGAGCCGGCGAGCAUCAAUCAGUUUGGGAAGCUCCUCUCCACCACACCAGCGUAUUAGUCAUUUUCUACCAGGCGCGCUGUGCCCUACCACUUGA